AUGACCACCUCACCGCCAACCCAUGCUGGGCAUUCGCAGCCUGUCGAUGUUCUCCUGCUUGGUUCAGGAUGGACCAGCCAGUUCCUUCUGCCGCUUCUCAACUUGGAAGGCAUCACGUACGCCUUCACUUCGCGUCAGCGCUCCACUUCGACUAGCGCCACCCCUCCCCCUCCUGGCAGCUCCAUUUACUUCGAGCUCUCUUCUGACGGGAAGGCUUCCAGAUCGCUCUGGCACUCUCUGCCCAAGGCCAAGGUCGUGCUCAUCGUCUUUCCACUGCGAUCUCGAGAAGCUGUCCACAAUCUCAUAGAUGGCUACGAGCUCUCGCACGGAGCAGCAAACUGGAUCUUGCUGGGCAGCACAGGUGCCUGGGGACCUGUUGGCCACUUCACAUCCACUUCUCCCAUCGACACGUCAAACGCUCGAGCUUCGGCCGAGGAGAGCUUCUUGGCGCUUCACAGACCAGAGAUUGGACGGAAUAUGACUGUGCUCAACUUGGCUGGGUUGUAUGGUGCAGACAGGCAGCCGGCCAACUUUGCGAAGAAGGUCGCCACCAGUCAAGACAAGCUUAGAGACAAGGGCAGCUUGCACCUCAUCCACGGCAAGGACGUAGCCAGAGCGAUCGUGGGCGUCUUUGAGGCUUUGCCAGCGCGUGCCUCCUCCAGCAGCAGCAGCCCAAGACCCAGCGAUGCGCCGAAAUCCUCUGCCACAGCGCAAAGGAGCAAUCUGCUCGGCAAAAGGUGGAUUGUGACCGACACGAACGUGUACGACUGGUGGUUCCUCGUACUCACACUUUCCCCGCCGAGCAUACCGCACGCUGCGAGAUGGGUGUCUGAACUCUGCGCAGCGCACAGCAUUUCUGCUCUUCCUCGUGCACUCUCACUUGGAUCCGACCCAACGCAGGCCGCCCCAGCGUACCUGGAAAGAAGCUUGGACGGCACUCAUUUCUGGGAUGAGAUGGGCCAGAGGCCUGAAGUUCCAAGGUGCGAUUUAGUGCAAAGGGGCGAAGCGAUCGCCUUCGAGCCUGUCCUGGAUGAGGUGCGCCUGAAAGACCUGCGCACCAAAGUGGAUGCUGCGGUGGACGAGCAGCAAGUGCGAGAAGGCCCCAGUAGUCCCUUUGAGGCGGACAAAGAGAGAUUUGGUGAGUGUCUGGGAGGGUGGAGCAGGCCGCGUCCUCAGCAAGCCAAUGCUGAUGCGCGACGGUAUCUGCAGGUUUGACGUACGAGCGCUUUCGGUCCCUGCUCGAGUCUUGGUCGGCGUAUCUUGAGCCUCAAGCAACCUCUGCCGCAUCCGACUCAGGACCACACCCGUCCGCAUCAACUUCCCUCAAGAGCGCAGAGGGAGGGAGCAUUGACAAUCCAGUCGCCUCUGAUCUGGCGCCUCGCAGCGUCCAGAGUCUUAAUGGAAGCGCUCACGGAAAGUCAAAGAAGAGACUGGGUGCAGAUCAUGAUACUUGGGCAGCUCAGGAGGCGAGAUUGAGAAGCUUUGAGCACUUCAAAGUGCAUGGUGAGUGCACAAAGCAGACACUCUGUUGGAUGGAGUCAGCGCAAUCGACGACACCUCUCUGGCGUCCUAAUCUCCGCCGCUCACCUUCCCUGUACUUUGCCAUCGGAUCACAGUCAAUAAUGUCCAUUUGCACUUUAUACGCGAGAAGCCAGACUACGAAGAGGCGCGUAGGUCUGGAAGGCGUGUCAUUCCCCUUUUGCUUCUCCAUGGGUGGCCUGGAAGCUUUCUGGAGUUCUUGGAUACCAUCAAGCCUCUAGCUGUGAGUCGAUCGAGAGCAAGUAUCGUGGCUGUAUGCGCACGUCGCUUUGCUGAUCUGGCGUUUUGGCCCGCCAGCAUCCUGGUCCCAGCGCGCCGAACGACGUACCAGCCUUCGACGUGGUUGUCCCUUCGCACACCGGCUACGCAUGGAGCUCCAAUGCUGCGCUCGAGUCUCGGAGUGGCAGUGAACCGGUUCAAGGAGAGUGGAGCGGCUCACAGGGCGAUCUGUUGGUCAGAGGUAAGAGGCUACAGAUUUAGAAGCUACUUCUGCAAAACUUGCCUGACGUUUCUCCUAACCUUUCGUGAUGGUUUAGACGAAGCGACCUUGAUGGAUGCACUCAUGCGCACUCUUGGGUUUCCGUACUACGCUGCGCAAGCUGGAGACUGGUCAAAUGCAGUCGCUCGCUUCAUGGCUAUUCAGUUCCCCAACAGAUGCAAAGCGGUCCACCUCAACUUCUGUCCAGCUCCGCCACCUCGACUUGCGCCUCCGUUGUUUUCGCUGUGUCAUUUAGUCCCGCGUUCGAUCAGAGGCAUAGUCAGCUACUUCACUCCAAACAGCGUCAAAUUUCUUGUCGAAAGCGUCGCGGAAAUGCCGAGGACCCUACCGAGGAGUUUCUACGCGAAACAACCGGGCUUCUUCACAGUGCAUGGCGUCGCCCACAGAUUGGCCAAGAUGGCGCUCGGAUUCCCAUCGAUGCUCGACAAGGACGAAUCCAUCAGACUUGCUAGAGCUAUCGAAUUCCAGACGACUGGAAGCGCGUAUGCAGCAUUCCACGGCACAAGACCGGGCACGCUAGCUAUCGUAACAGAGUCCAGGUAAGAUGAAAGGUGGACACUAGCACCUGUAUAUGACUAUGAGAGACUGACUUAGGGGGCCCAUUCUGCCUCACAGCCCCGUUGCUUUGCUGGCGUGGAUCGGGGAAAAGUUCCUGCAGUGGACCGAUCAAGAGUAGGUCGGCGAGGUGCGGAGCGGCGUAUUUGAUCAUUCAAGCUGACGCGAGCAAUGCUUGGCUGUUCAACAGCCCACCGGACUCGGAGAUCUUGGCCAGUCUGACGCUUUGGUGGUGCACAGAUACCAUGGCGAGGUCGCUGUACCCGUAUCGCAAUCGACCCGCCUCGGGCCUUCAAGGUAAGUCGAACUCAAAGAUUUCCAUCUUCUGAUACACUCUGAAUACGAUUUGACCCUGUGUCGUCCGGUCAUCUCAGGCGUCAUUUCGAGGCCAGAGAAUCGGAUCCCUUGUCCAUUUGGAUACACAGACAACCCAUACGAGAUCAUGCCGGCUCCCAAAGAGUGGAUUCGCUCGACUGUCCACAACUUUGCUUGGUAUAGGAAACACGAGCAGGGCGGACACUUCUUCGGUACGUGUCCGGGUCUGCUCUGGCUGCCUUCAGCUAGCAUAGUCACUCAUCCAUACUCCCUUCUCUCGCAGCCAUGGAGAGGCCUGCUGUAUUCGUGGAGGAUGUCAGAGACUGCUUUGCAGAGAUCUGGCCGAUCAAGUAA